CGAAUUUCAAGCUAAGCAAUUACAAUCCAAGUUGUGUUCAUCAUCUUUCACUCGGCCGAACAGAAGAGAACAGACUCCAACGAAGAAAAAUACACAACUGGACAACGGUCGGUGCUAUUUGCAGAAAGAAAAUGAGAAAUAAGCUUUCACACCAAGAUUCAAAUCAGUGGCCGCCCAAAUUCAAUGAUUUUUAUCUUCAUUCGGAGAUAUAUUCUGAUCCAUACCCUUCUUGUGCUACUAUAUAAAGGAGUCAUCCAGGAGCUUCAAGGAACACCAAGUUCUGAUAGAAAUCAUUCUUCUCUUUUUUUUAGUUUAUACGAAGUAUUAGUAGCCAUAUAAUAAAAGUGAUUCUGCCAAGAACACUUUCUGUAUAGAUUUCAGUUUAUAAUUCUCAGUUCCAGAAUUUUAGCUUGUGAUAUUUGGUAUUGAAGUUCAUUUGGGUUUAUCAGUUCGUUCAAUCAGUUCCAGCUUAAUACAAGGAUUUCAACUUUUCUAUUCCAGCCCAUCUAUGUUCUUCAUUAUUUUAUGCCUUCAGGUUCUUACUUAAACACUCACUUUAAUUUCCUUAAUCUGUUAAAUUUAUUAUGUCUUUCAUGAAUUUUGUUUUUAUUUUAUUUACCGUAAUUAUGUGUAACUAAAUUAAGUUUAGGCUUGGGCAAGAUGUAAUUUUUACUAUUAAUGUUCAUAUGAUAAUAAUUGGUUAAAACUAUUAAUUGGUUAAUUUUAGGAGUGCUGGGUUGAAUAUUCUAAUCUGCUAAAUACAUUAUAUUGGGAAAUGAAUAUUAUCACGGGAGUGAAAUUUCAUUAAAAUACUUUUUAUUAAUUCACCCACUAAAUUGCUACACGGAAGUGUUAAGGAAUUUAGGAUAAUUUGACUUUGUACUUUUUACUGUCUUAAUAAAAUUACUGCGGGAGCGGAAUUAAUUUAAGAUAGUGUAAUCAACUAAGUCGUGGGAACGAUUAGAAGAUUACCAUUUGUAAAUCUUUCACACAUCUAAAAGUAACUAAGUUAAUUAGUUAAAUCUUUAUUAUUAUGAACAUCAAAAUAAAAUUACUCUUAGUCCAAGCCUAAUUUUCUCUAUCAUUAAUUGUUAAAUUACCAGGUAUUGUGAUUUAUUUUACUCUAGCAAUUCCGCAUUGACAAAAACGAGAUAAAAAAAAAUCUGUUCACUUAGCUCCAAUGCAAAAUGUUAUUAAUUUGUGAUUAGCUAAAAAUCAAUCGUUAAUUCUAGUUCUCUUUUUGAGCCAUUCUCUAGCGGAACGAUACUCACUUACUCUAUACUAUAUCGUUACAAGCCAAUUAAAACAUCAUUUCCAUUCACAUUUUUACACCAUUUCACACUACACAUUUUGGCAUGUCACGAUUUUGGCGUCGUUGCCGGGGAAUGGCAUAGUGUUAUUGAUUGAUUAUUAGUUAAUAUUAGUGUUUGUUAUUAUUUAUCUGGAGACUAAGUUUUUUUUACCUGUUCUCAUCACUUUCGUAAAAAAAAACAAAAAGAAAAUCAUUUCUCGUGCACAAAAAAAAAACUCUUAAAAAAGUGUAUGCAUACUCGCUCUCAAGGGAGUGAAGGAUUGCAACCACUUAACCUUGAUUUUGAAAAAGAAUUAAGGAAAAGAAGAAAAGCACGAACCCUUGAACUUAAAAUUCCAGAUCUGAUCAUGGAGGAUUUUCAAAACAAUCCCAAUAAUCCAAAUGGCCAAAACCUAAUUCCAAAUCCAAAUCCUACGCCACCUCAAAAUACACCCAUUGAUACUCCCAGAGAUAGACAUAAUCAUUUCUUUGGAGAUCAAAGACCACCAGGAUUUGAAAAUUUCCAACAAAUUCCUCCCCAAACACAACCCCAAAUUUAUCCACCACAUCCCUACCAAAAUCACCAAAACCAACCUCCUCCUCCAUAUCCAUACACUUACCCAUAUCCUUACCCACCUCCUCCAUUUAUGCACCCAUACCAACCUCACCCAUAUGGCCAAUACUACCAACACCCACAUAAUCAACAAGAUCAAGGGCAAUUCAUGAGACAACAGCAAGGGAGAAGACUUCUUGAUUAUGUUGCAGGUGAAAUUGAGGAACAAGACAGUAUUCUCUAUCCAGGAGUGGAUGCAGCAAAUUUUGAGAUCAAACCAGCACUUAUCUCAUUGGUCUCAGCCAACAAAUUUGGCGGAUCAAAGAGUGAAGAUCCGACGAGCCAUGUGAAACAAUUCUUGAGAGUUCUCCAAACUCUUAAACUUAAUGGAGCCUCUGUUGAUGCUAUCAGACUCAGAUUGUUCCCAUUCUCACUGAGGGAUGAAGCAUUGAGUUGGUUGAACUCUAAACCAUCCGGUUAUUUCAACACAUGGGAGAAGUUGCAUCGAGAAUUCAUGAAGGAGUUCUAUCCUCCUUCCAAGGCAUCAAAAAUGAAGAAACUUAUCCAGCAAUUCAGGCAACAUCCAUCACAAUCUCUUUACGAAUCAUGGAAGAGAUUUAAAGACCUUCAAGUUCAAUAUCCACAUCAUAAUAUGAGCGUGGGUGAUCUCAUUAUCUCAUUUUAUGAAGGAUUACAUGAUACUUCCAAAAUUGUUGUGGAUGCCUUUGCUAAUGGAGCUUUCAUGGAGCUAGAUCCUGAAACAGGCAAAGAGAUGCUUGAGAAAAUUUGUAACAACAGUGCAUCAUGGUAUUCUGAAAGAUCCACUCAAAAACUAGGAGCGGGAAUUUAUGAGGUCGACCAAACAACAGCUUUAACGGUAAAGGUUGAUUCUCUCACAACCAUGGUUCAAAAGCUCACGGAGAAACAAUCAUCAUCAAUUUCUAGCACAUCAACAAAUCCAUCAUCAUCUUUAGCUCAAGUUUUGUUCUGUGAACUCUGUGGAGGAGGACAUUCUUUUAAGGAAUGCAGUCUUCUUGAACUUACACAAAAUGUUCCUUCUGGCCCCACAGUAGAACAAGCUGAAGCUAUAUAUGGUAGACCUCAAGUUUAUCUACUACAAAAAAUAAACAACAUAUUAUUUGAAUGUUAUAAAAUGUACAUGAAUAUGUUAUGAACUUAGUUUAUUUUUGAAUUCAUAUGACUUAAUGGGUCAAAUUUUGUUUAAACAAUCAUAUUAUAAAAUGUGUGCUUAUCUAAUUGAAUGAGUUAAAAAUUACUCUACUAAAAUAACUAAUUAUAAAUUUCUAAUUUCGACUGAAAUUACAAAAAAAAUGUUGAA